AAUAUUCUUUAUUAUCUAUGGGGAUUAGACGCAAUAUCAAAAUUUUUUUAGCUUAGUAGCUUGCACAAUAUUAAGCCAUUACCGAUGUAUUUUUUGACAUCAAUUUCAAGAACACAAUUAUGACCUAGUCAAUAACUUAUUUCACUCGAAAAAUUUUUUAAGUUACCUACCAAACGGAUACUUUUUCAGCUGCCUUACCAAACUCAUAUUAUAUAUUGUUAUAAUAUAUAAUAUAUAAUGGAUGAUGACUCAUUUUCUGACAGAUUCUCAAAAAAAGCUAGUCAAAUGCCUUUAUUUCCAAUAGGAAUGGUAGCUUUUGCCUGUGUGGCUGGUUAUGGAAUUUAUAAGUUCAAACAUCGCAAAGGACCAACAUCUUUAUACCUUAUUCAACUACGUUUAGCAGCUCAAGGAUCAGCAGUUGGAAUUAUUGGUUUAGGCUUGUUUUAUAAUAUUUAUAAAGAUGUAAUUGAACCUAAGUUUAAAUAGUUAAAUAGUUUUUUUGUUGAUUUCUUGUUAAUAAUUAGUAUAUUAAUAAUUUAUUGUUUAAAUGUAUGUAAUAUGUUGCUAUUUAAAAAUAAGUGUCAUUUAAUUA